AUGAAGCAGCAGCAUCAGCAGAGCUCGUCGUCUGAGGCGGUAUCAUCGUCGUCGUCGUCCUCCUCCUCCUCAUCUACUUCCUUGGACCAAUCACAGCCCGCCGCGUCGUCGCCGAAUUCGGGAGCCUCCGAUAAGCUUCCAUCGAUACCGGCGGCGGCGCCGGAGGACCUCGCCGUGGGGUCCAGGGAUGGUGGCGGGGCGCAGGAGAGCGUGACCGUCGAUCGGCGAGGCGAGUACUCUGCUGUUUGCCGAUGGACGGUCCAGAAUUUCCCGAGAAUCAAAGCUAGGGCACUGUGGAGCAAGUACUUCGAGGUGGGAGGAUACGAUUGCCGGUUGUUAAUAUACCCUAAGGGUGACUCGCAGGCUUUGCCGGGGUACAUCUCCAUAUACCUCCAAAUCAUGGAUCCUCGGGGCACCUCGUCGUCCAAAUGGGACUGUUUUGCGAGUUACCGGCUAGCCAUCGUCAACCUCGCGGAUGAUUCCAAGACCAUUCAUCGCGAUUCAUGGCAUCGGUUCUCGAGCAAGAAGAAAUCUCACGGUUGGUGCGAUUUCACGCCCUCUUCUACUGUGUUUGAUUCGAAAUUAGGUUAUUUGUUCAACACCGACUCCGUUUUGAUUACCGCCGAUAUAUUGAUAUUGAAUGAGUCUGUUAAUUUCACGCGAGAUAGUAAUAAUAACAAUGAGCUGCAAUCGUCUGCGGGCUCGAUGAUGAUGUCCGGUUCAGUGGUUGCCGGACCGGUUUCUGAUGUGUUGAGUGGCAAGUUCACUUGGAAAGUACAUAACUUCAGUCUGUUUAAGGAAAUGAUUAAGACUCAGAAGAUAAUGAGCCCGGUGUUUCCUGCUGGAGAAUGUAAUUUGAGGAUUAGUGUGUAUCAGAGCUCGGUGAAUGGUGUGGAGUAUUUGUCAAUGUGUUUGGAGAGUAAGGACACAGACAAGACGGUUGUGUUGUCUGAUAGGAGUUGUUGGUGUUUGUUUCGAAUGUCGGUGUUGAACCAGAAGCCGGGGUCGAAUCACAUGCAUAGGGACUCGUAUGGGAGGUUUGCUGCUGAUAAUAAAAGCGGGGAUAACACAAGUUUGGGGUGGAAUGAUUAUAUGAAGAUGUCAGAUUUUGUUGGGCUCGAGUCGGGAUUUUUGGUGGAUGAUACCGCGGUGUUUAGCACGUCCUUUCAUGUAAUAAAGGAGUUUAGUAGCUUUUCGAAGAAUGGGGGGUUGAUUGCAGGGAGGAGUGGUAGUGGGGCAAGGAAGUUGGAUGGUCACAUGGGGAAAUUCAAUUGGAGGAUUGAAAAUUUCACAAGGUUGAAGGAUCUUUUAAAGAAGAGGAAGAUAACGGGUCUUUGCAUCAAGAGCAGGAGGUUUCAGAUUGGGAAUCGGGACUGUCGGCUCAUUGUCUAUCCCCGAGGGCAGUCUCAGCCACCAUGCCACCUUUCAGUGUUCCUUGAAGUUACAGAUUCACGGAACACAUCCAGUGACUGGAGUUGUUUUGUGAGUCAUCGUUUAUCGGUUGUGAACCAGAGGUUAGAAGAGAAGUCUGUCACAAAGGAGUCUCAGAACCGCUACUCCAAAGCUGCAAAGGAUUGGGGUUGGCGUGAAUUUGUGACGCUUACUAGUCUAUUUGAUCAAGAUUCAGGGUUUCUUGUUCAGGACACUGUUGUAUUCUCUGCCGAGGUCCUCAUAUUGAAAGAGACGUCAAUUAUGCAGGAUUUAACUGAUCAGGAUACCGAGUCAAGCAAUUCUGGUUCCCAGAUGGAUAAGAAUGCGAAAAGAAGUUCAUUUACGUGGAAGGUGGAGAACUUCCUAUCUUUUAAGGAAAUAAUGGAGACCCGAAAAAUAUUUAGCAAAUUCUUUCAAGCUGGGGGAUGUGAGCUUCGAAUUGGUGUCUAUGAGUCCUUUGACACUAUAUGCAUUUAUUUGGAGAGUGACCAGUCAGUUGGUAGUGAUCUGGAUAAAAACUUCUGGGUGAGAUACAGGAUGGCUGUUGUGAAUCAAAAGAACCCUGCCAAAACUGUGUGGAAGGAGUCUUCUAUAUGUACAAAGACUUGGAACAAUUCUGUUUUGCAAUUCAUGAAGGUGUCAGAUAUGUUGGAAGCAGAUGCAGGGUUUCUUGUUCGUGAUACUGUUGUUUUUGUUUGUGAAAUAUUAGACUGCUGUCCUUGGUUUGAGUUUUCAGACCUAGAGGUGUUCGCCUCAGAGGACGAUCAGGAUGCAUUAACAACAGAUCCUGAUGAGCUCAUUGAUUCUGAAGAUAGUGAAGGAAUAGGUGGCGAUGAAGAAGAUAUCUUCAGAAACCUGCUUUCUAGAGCUGGAUUUCACCUCACAUAUGGAGAUAAUCCUUCACAGCCACAGGUCACUUUACGAGAAAAGCUGCUGAUGGAUGCUGGCGCCAUUGCUGGUUUUCUGACUGGACUCCGUGUUUAUCUCGAUGACCCUGCUAAAGUAAAGCGCUUGCUACUUCCAACCAAGCUAUCUGGUAGCAGUGAUGGAAUGAAAGUCAUAAAGAAUGAUGAAUCUUCCCCUAGUUUGAUGAAUUUGUUAAUGGGAGUCAAAGUUCUGCAGCAGGCUAUUAUUGAUUUACUUUUGGACAUUAUGGUUGAGUGUUGCCAACCUACAGAAGCGAGUUCUAAUGGUGAUUUGUCUGAUACAAACUUAAAGUCUCCAGAUGGAAGUGGAGCUGCUAGUCCUCUGCAAUCGGAUAGAGAAAAUGGAGCUGCAGAAUCUGUGCAUUGUCCUGUAUAUGAGAGAUUGGAUACCAGUGUUGAUGAAACUAGCAGUAGUGCUUCGGCUGUUCAAAGCUCUGACAUGAAUGGGACUGGUAUACCUGGAAAACCUCAUCCUGGGCAUCCAAUUUCUCCCCCAGAAACAUCUGCCGGGGGUUCAGAGAAUGUUUCUCUUCGUUCUAAGACCAAGUGGCCAGAGCAAUCUGAGGAGCUCUUAGGAUUGAUUGUAAACUCACUAAGAGCUCUUGAUGGAGCUGUUCCACAAGGCUGCCCUGAACCAAGACGUAGACCUCAGUCUGCACAGAAGAUUUCUCUUGUACUGGAUAAAGCUCCUAAGCAUUUGCAACCCGAUCUAGUUGCUUUGGUGCCUAAGUUGGUGGAGCACUCAGAGCAUCCACUUGCUGCUUUUGCACUUAUAGAACGACUUCAAAAGCCAGAUGCAGAGCCUGCAUUGCGGACACCUGUUUUUGGUGCUCUUAGUCAACUGGACUGUGGCAGUGAAGUUUGGGAACGAGUUUUAUCUCAAUCUCUCGAGUUUUUGUCAGAUUCAAAUGAUGAGCCGCUUGCUGCAACUAUAGAUUUUAUAUUUAAAGCUGCAUCCCAGUGCCAACACCUCCCUGAAGCGGUCAGAUCUGUUCGUGUUAGGCUAAAGAAUUUGGGUGUCGAUGUUUCUCCUUGUGUUCUUGAAUUUUUGAGUAGAACUGUAAAUAGCUGGGGAGAUGUUGCUGAAACCAUACUUAGAGAUAUUGAUUGUGAUGAUGAUAUGGGCGACAGUUGCUCGACAUUGCAUUCUGGUCUUUUCUUGUUUGGUGAACAUGGACCUAGUUCUGAACGGUUUCAUUUGGUGGAUGAGAAGGCUUUCCGUGCUAGUCGUCAUUUUUCUGACAUUUACAUCUUGAUUGAGAUGUUAUCUAUCCCUUGUCUUGCUGUUGAAGCCUCGCAAACAUUUGAGAGAGCUGUAGCUCGUGGUGCCAUUGUGGCUCAUUCUGUGGCCAUGGUUUUAGAAAGGCGCCUUGCUCAAAGAUUGAAUCUUGAUGCUAGAUUUGUUGCAGAUAAUUUCCAGCAGCCAGAUGCUGUAGUGGAGGGAGAAGCCAAUGAACAGCUGAGAGUCCAACGGGACGAUUUUACUUCAGUUCUUGGCCUUGCUGAGACAUUGGCCCUUUCUAGAGAUCUUUGUGUUAAGGGAUUUGUGAAGAUGCUGUAUACAUUAUUAUUUAAAUGGUAUGCUGACGAGUCUUAUCGAGGGCGAAUGCUAAAGAGACUUGUUGACCGAGCUACUAGCACAACAGAUAGUAGCCGUGAAGUUGACCUAGAUUUAGAUAUAUUGGUGACUUUGGCUUCUGAGGAGCAAGAAAUUAUUAGACCAGUUUUGAGUAUGAUGCGGGAGGUUGCUGAACUUGCAAAUGUUGAUCGGGCUGCUCUUUGGCACCAGUUAUGUGCCAGUGAAGAUGAAAUUAUUCGCAUGCGUGAAGAAAGGAAGGCAGAAAAUGCUAACAUGGUUAGGGAAAAAGCUGUUAUAUCGCAAAAACUGAGUGAAUCUGAGGCUACUAUCAAUCGUCUUAAGUCUGAAAUGAAGGCUGAUAUUGACCGCUUUGCUCGUGAAAAGAAGGAACUUUCCGAACAAAUACAAGAAGUUGAGAGUCAGCUUGAGUGGCAUCGCUCCGAGCGGGACGAUGAAAUCAGAAAGCUCACUACAGAUAGGAAAGUGCUUCAGGAUCGUCUUCAUGAUGCAGAGUCACAAAUCUCUCAGUUGAAGUCCCGAAAACGUGAUGAAUUGAAGAAAGUGGUGAAGGAGAAAAAUGCUCUUGCUGAAAGGUUGAAGAGCGCUGAAGCUGCCCGUAAAAGAUUUGACGAAGAACUUAAACGGUAUGCCACAGAGAAUGUUACCCGAGAGGAAAUUCGGCAGUCUCUUGAGGAUGAAGUACGGCAGUUGACACAAACAGUGGGACAAACGGAAGGAGAGAAACGGGAGAAGGAAGAGCAAGUUGCUCGGUGUGAAGCCUAUAUCGAUGGGAUGGAAUCAAAAUUGCAGGCCUGCCAGCAAUAUAUUCACACCCUCGAGGCUUCACUUCAGGAAGAAAUGUCCCGGCAUGCUCCUCUGUAUGGGGCUGGUUUGGAAGCUCUAUCAAUGAAGGAGUUGGAGACGCUGUCACGCAUUCAUGAAGAAGGGCUCAGGCAGAUCCAUACCCUUCAGCAGCAGCGUAAAAGCAGUCCAGCCGGCAGUCCUCUCGUGAGCCCUCAUGCCCUCCAACACAAUCAUGGGUUAUAUCCUGCGACACCGCCCCAAAUGGCCGUCGGAUUGCCUCCUUCACUCAUCCCAAAUGGUGUUGGGAUCCAUAGCAAUGGGCAUGUGAAUGGUGCUGUUGGACCCUGGUUCAACCAUUCUUAG